GUUCCUGCUUUUUCCUCUUGACACUAGUUGUUCUUCUUCCUAAAGUUGUGCUGCCUUUCCUCCUUUUUUUUCCCUCGGGUUGUUGCCAACCUUGUUAUUCCUUCCUUUCACUUUCCUUUUACUCUCCCAAUCCCAACUUCUCUGCAUCUCACACCCUCCUUUGCUCUUGGAUUUCUUCGCCAUGGCUACUCAAACUGUUGCCGCUGCUGAUCAUACUUCUGCUUCUGAUGAGCAAGUUGAGAAGAAGAAGAAUGAAGAAGGCAUUGGAGAGAAGACGGUUUCUUUGACAAAUGAAAAUGAAGACAAGCUUGACAAGACUAAAGAUGCAGCUCCUCCUUUGUCUAAGACAGAAGAAGAAACUGAGAGAGAAGAGAAGAAGGUUGAUGGUGAAGGAGCAUUACAGGAAUCUGUUGGAGACAAUCUGAAGGAGCAAAUUAAGGAGCUCCCCCCUCAAUCACAACCCACAACAAUAAUCGAACCAGCCAUAGAUUCUGCAACAGAGCGUUUUGUGGAUAAAGAAACAGAGAAAGAGAAGCAAGUAAAGGAAGAAGACAUUCCUGAGGUGUCAGAUGAAGUGAAGCAAGACGAACAGAAGCUCGUUCCUGAUUCAGAGCCGAUCAGUGUCAAGGAACCAGAAGCAGAUCCUGCCGUUGGCAACCCUGAAGUGUCUAAGCCCGCAGAAGCUACUGAGAAGGAGACAUCGCAGAGGCCGCAAACAGAGGAACAAGAAACUGCUAAGAAGGAAACACCACAGAAGCCACAAACAGAGGAAGAAGAGCAAAUAAAGGAAGUGGCGGCUGAAAAUACAGAGAAAUCAAGUAAUCACGCUGAGGUUAAUCUUGCAAAAAAUCGGAUUUAGAGGAAGUGAAAGAGAAUGAAUAUUCAGAAGUAAGUUUUGUCGCACCAACGCUGGGAAAAUCAGAGGAAGCAGAGAAAGAAGAG